GGCUCUAAAUUAAAAAUGUUUGUGGUAAAAGUGCUCAAGGUAAUGGGACUCGUUGGCGGCAUUUUACUCAUCAAAGAGCUGGGCGACUGGCCAGAGGAACCAGAGGCAGCUCACGCUGAGGCGUCGAAAGAGAGCCCCAAGAACAUCCUCCUCGAUGAAGAUGAUAAACGCGAUCUAAAGCGCAAGACAAACGACUUGAAGCGAAAGUAUUGCACCAAAGGCGGCAUCUGUGAGCCGCCGCCACCCAAACCCUUUUCGGAGAGCAUCGCCGAUGCCUGGGGCGACACGGUGAGGGCGGUCAAAAAGAUUCCCGCCCUCUGGGGCGGCGUGGCGAGCGACUUGGGUGACAGCAUCUGUCGCUUGUUCAAGGGGGAAUGAGAAGUAGGCGACGCCAC